GGGGCUCCAAGGUCGGUCCCCUCUCUGGGGGCGGAGCCCACGGCGAACGGGGGCUGGGCCCUAGCCUCUCCCCCGCGUGGCGAGGAGUGGUGCUGGCAGUUCCGGGGUGGAAGUUCCCACGUGUGGUGCUGGGUAGCCGUCUUUGGUCCCCUCUACUCUCCAAAGCCCGUGCGUCUGAGCCCGCGGUGAUGCCGAAGAUCAAGUCGGGGACGAGCGGUCGCCGUCGCGAGCGGCUCAAAGAGAGCCGGGAGCUGAAGAGCGCGGGAGGACUCAUGUUCAACACGGGGAUUGGGCAGCACAUUUUGAAAAAUCCUCUCAUUGUUAACAGCAUUAUCGAUAAGGCUGCCUUAAGACCAACUGAUGUGGUGCUGGAAGUUGGACCCGGAACUGGCAAUAUGACUGUAAAGUUGCUAGAAAAGGCUAAAAAGGUAAUUGCCUGUGAACUUGACCCAAGGCUAGUAGCAGAACUUCACAAAAGAGUUCAGGGCACGCCUCUGGCCAGCAAACUUCAAGUACUGGUGGGUGACGUGUUGAAAACAGAUCUACCAUUCUUUGAUGCUUGUGUGGCAAAUUUGCCAUAUCAGAUCUCUUCCCCUUUUGUCUUCAAGCUGUUGCUGCACCGACCUUUUUUCAGAUGUGCUGUACUUAUGUUUCAAAGAGAAUUUGCUCUCCGACUAGUUGCAAAGCCUGGAGAUAAAUUAUACUGCAGACUCUCAAUCAAUACACAGCUCUUAGCACGUGUGGACCAUCUGAUGAAAGUUGGAAAGAAUAACUUCAGGCCACCACCCAAGGUAGAAUCCAGUGUUGUAAGAAUAGAACCUAAGAAUCCACCACCACCUAUCAAUUUUCAGGAAUGGGAUGGCCUAGUAAGGAUCACCUUCGUUAGGAAAAACAAGACACUCUCUGCUGCAUUUAAGUCAAGCGCAGUACAACAGCUAUUGGAAAAAAACUACAGAAUUCACUGUUCGAUCCAUAAUAUUAUAAUACCAGAAUAUUUCAGCAUAGCAGAUAAAAUACAGCAAAUCCUAACCAGCACAGGUUUUAGUGACAAGCGGGCCCGUUCCAUGGACAUAGAUGACUUCAUCAGAUUGCUACAUGGAUUCAAUGCAGAAGGUAUACAUUUUUCUUAGGUAUCUGGAAAACAGAAUUUUCCAAACUCAAGAACAAGAAACUGGAAUUAUAUAUUUUUAAUAAUUUGAGAAGAUGAACUAUGCCUUUGCUUCACUGGAACACUAUGUGCUUGACUAUUUCUGACUUAAUACUACUACUGUCACCAUUUAUUACUCUGAAUUUUUAUGGUAGUAAGUCAGUCAAUUCUAAGUACCCAAGUGUUUUUUGGUUGUGGUGUGUUUUUAAUAUCUAACAUAGGGCAGGGUCCAAUCUAUGCAUGAUAAUCUUGAAGAGCCGCAGGCACGCACAACUUUACACUUAAACUUAUCAUUUCUAACAGGUUAUUGUAUAAAGAUGUUACUGUUCUAUUUUCUGUUAUAUAUUAUAUGAGGACCUCUGUGGGCCUUUGUCCCUCAAAUAGUAAAAAAGUUAAAAUAUGCUUAACUCAGUCACAUAUUUCCCAUACGAUUUCUUUUUAUUCAUGUGCACAAUAAAACAACUGCUUAUUUUGC